AAAAGGACAAGGAAAAUAUGUGAUUCUCAGUAGUACAGAGUGAUUACUUUUCACAGGAGGGGUGAGUAAUGUCCCAGGACAGAACGGGUCACAUGUAAGGGGUGGUGGAGACGUACAGGGGUGUGAAGAAUAGGUGGGACAGAGGGAUGUUUAAAAAGGCACGUUGGAGCAAUGUAUAAGAAGACAGGAUAGAAAGAUGGAGACGGUGCUAACAGAUGGACUGAAGAGGGAUUAUGGAUGCUCUUGGUAGAGUGUGACACCAAUUUCCAAGGAAAGGCAGGAAAAGGAGGAGAUUUGGGCAGGAUUGUACCAAAAAAGGGGAAAAGCAGAAAUAAUCGCAAAACGAUAAGGAGGGAAACUGCAUGCUGAACCAAAGAGACGAGGACCUUCUGUGUUUAACAGCUGCACAGAAGGUGGAAAAAGAUACAUAUUAAUGGAUCGAAAUAGGGAGUUAUUAUUACGAUGGACAUGAUGUAAGAAGAUUAAUGUGCACAGGGAUCUCUUACUCAUUUCUGCUUUAUGUAAUUUUCUCAAUUUCAUUCUCAUCCCAAAAGAUUUCUUGUUCUUGGUUACUGAUCCCUGUUUGCCCUUUAUAAACCACCUCUGCCUUCACUUUGGGUAGCAUGUUGGACCACAUGUCCAGGCGUUCUCGCUCCCUGCUCUCUCUUUUCCUGACCUCCCUUGCCCUCGCGUUAUCUGUGCUGGCUUUCUGUACAUCUUACUGGUGUGAAGGAACGCACAAGGUGGUCAAACCUCUCUGCUUGUCACCUGUCAAGAUGAAGAACUGCGGCCAGAACAACAGUGAACCUUACACUACAGAAAGCCCCACCCCAGAUCCACAGAACCCGCUACCAACAUUAUCACCAAAGCGAAGGGAGGAACUAGCCAAGAUUCGACAAAGACAAUUGGCCAAUGCAGUGCACUACAUUUGGGAGACGGGAGAAGACAACUAUACCUUCAGAUAUUUCCACACAGGAUUUUGGGAGUCCUGUGAAAAACAUGCAGAUGGAGAACGAUGUCGCCGGUUCUUGGAUCUUACUCCUGGAGAGACUCAUGGUGUUCUGUGGUUGUCAAUGAUUGCUGAGUUCAUGUACAUCAGUUUGUUGGGCAUGGGCUUUCUACUAAUGUGGGUGGAAGUGUUGUGUGCUCAUAAAGAAAUGCAUGCACUCAAAAUCAACGCUUUCGCAGCCAUGUGUACAGUGCUCUCAGGACUGUUAGGGAUGGUGGCUCAUAUGAUGUACACCACCGUAUUUCAGCUAACUGUGAUUGUGGGGCCCAAAGACUGGAGACCUCAGACAUGGGACUAUGGCUGGUCAUUUGCGCUUGCAUGGGUGUCUUUCAGCUGCUGCAUGGGUGCUGCAGUUAUGACCCUUAAUUCUUACACAAAAACAGUCAUUGAGCUACGUCACCGCCAGAGGCUUCGAUUAGAGGAGGCCCGUGCUACAAGCCACGCUCCGUCCUACAAUGAGGUGGUACCAGGUGGAGGGUUGUACUCUGUCAGCGGCCUAUUUCAGUUCCCAAAUGGGAUGAUAGACUCUAUGUGGGCAUCCAAUGGGAGCAUGGGACUGGUGCAAGAGAGGGAUGUGCCCACCCUGGUACUCGUUGGAGGAUGCGGACAAGAUUCGUGUGAAGACUGUGAGAGAGAGAUGGAUGAGAUGAAGGAGGCCAUGAAUGGAAUAGAUUCUCCUUGUUAAUCGUGGAUGAUGUGA